UCUCCCUACCGGACUCUGCGCGCUCUGUGUCGCCAUGGCGCUCCGCAGGGCCGCCGGGGUGGUGUUCGGUCUGGCCGGCGGGUCGGCAGUUCUGGUCUGGGCUGAAUGGAGAGGGUCUUUGAGGGAGGACGGCGGGGGAAGCUGGCGGACUAAAGCCCCCAUCACAGCCGCUCUGAGCGCGCUGCACGCCGCACAGCCGCCCGCGGGCCUCUCGGGACACAGUUACGGCUCCGCCUGGGACACCAACUGGGACAAGAGGGACCCGUCCUUCAUGCUGAACUCCAGGAAGAAAGAAGUCAGCGGAGAGGAGAACAGCUCCGAAACGGAGAACAACAACAAACCCAGAGCCACUCGCCACAUCUUCCUCAUCAGGCACUCGCAGUACAACCUGAACGGGAACGGAGACCGAGAGAGAAUCCUGACGCCUUUAGGCCGUGAGCAGGCGGAGCUGGUGGGUCAGCGGCUGGCGUCUCUGGGGCUGAAAUAUGAUGUGAUGGUCCACUCAUCUAUGGCCAGAGCCAUCGAGACUGCGACGAUCAUCAGCAAGCAUCUGCCAGGAGUGGAGCUGGUGAGCUGUGAUUUGCUGAGAGAAGGUGCCCCCAUAGAGCCCAUCCCACCUGUGACUCAUUGGAAACCGGAGGCUGUGCAGUACCACGAGGACGGCGCGCGCAUUGAGGCUGCGUUCCGGCGCUACAUCCACCGAGCCGACCCCAAGCAGAAGGAGGACAGCUACGAGAUCAUCGUCUGUCACGCUAACGUCAUCCGUUAUUUUGUCUGCAGAGCUCUGCAGUUCCCCCCGGAGGGCUGGCUGCGGAUGGGCCUGAAUAACGGCAGCAUCACGUGGCUGACGAUCCGUCCGAGCGGCCGAGUGGCUCUGCGAGCGCUGGGAGACUCCGGAUUCAUGCCUCCGGACAAACUCACCCGCAGCUGACACUCCACACCGUCCAGUUUAAAGCGAUAGUUCAGAAAAAUCAGCUUUACACAGCUCUUCCCCGUUACUGAGCCCGAAUGAAGCCGAUCAGACGCGUUUGGCGUCCGAGGUUUAGAGGCCGAUGUAGUUAACCGUUAACGUAAACCCACCAAUCAGCGUCUGCGUUUAGAGGUGUUUUUAUACCAGGCUUCCACCUUUAAACUGAAACGGUUUUAAAAUGUUAAAAUAACUAGUAAACGUAAACAAAUGUGCUCAGAUAUCACACAGGUUGUUUUGGCUAAGCGCCUUUUACAGUGAUGCGUGCGGCUUUAUCAACAAGCUGAUUGGCUCUUUUUAUAUAGGAGGGUGGGGCUUUUCUCUUAUACAGAGCCCAACUUAAGCAACUGUCCCAUGCGUUUUCCAACCAGUCAACCGUCUCCUCCUCCUUUAUAAUGUCUCCGACAUUAGCUUCGUAGCUAAUCUUAACUUCGCCAAACGUUUCCUGAUCGACUGCAUUUUGGGUGAGUGGGAAAGUGUGUACAUAGGAUCAUUUGACGAACUGUCGCUUCAGCGACACGGGGGAGCGGCAGGCAACUCGGAAAUUUCCGCAAAGUUUGAGUCAUUUCAAAAUUAAGACGUACGUGUAGAACUACUUUAACGGAGACGUUUGGAAUGUAAGUCUCGUCCUGCAUGGCCGACCAGACGAUACCUGAUGUUGCUAGUUUUGUGUAAAAUUUCCGUCAGAUUUCUAAAUCAGCUGGAAUAUCGCCGCAGCCUGCCGCUCCCUCAGCUCCUCCUUAAGUGUCUUGAGAGUAAACUUGCUGUAUGUAUUAUUUUUGUAGGUGUUGUAUUUAAGCUCCUUUGGUGACGUUAGUACUCCAGGGCCAGCUUUCAGCACGAGGUGAUCCUGAGCUUCGCCAGUGCCGGCCCUGCGCCAAGCUUCGUCAUCUGAGCCCAUCAUGGGAAGAACCAGCAUGCGUCGUCUUUGUUUAUUCAGCUUUAAAGCCCCAGUCAGGAUCCACCGAAACAGAGCUUCAGCCGCUCCAGAGCUUCCCGUAGCAAGGGAUAGUUUGGCGAAAUCAAAUGUAAACAGCUUCAAAGGUGCAGUGUGGAAGAUUUCUAGGCAUAUAUUAGCAGAAAUAAAGUAAACAAAUCCAUGUUUUCAUUGGUGGAUAAUCACCUGUAACUAUAAACUGUUGUGUUUCAUUGGCGUAGCGUAAGCCCUUCAUAUCCACAUAGGGAGCAAGUCGUCUUACGACAGAAGCUGCCAAGUUGCGCUGUUUUAUGGCUGAUGCCCGAUAUCAGUGUCUGAAAUGAAGUAAAACCUUCCACCUGCCCUGGAAAAAGAUGUUAAUGGUUACAGCUGCCACGCAUGUGCAGCAAAGGCUUGUCAGUGUUGUCUAAAGCGGUGUCCGAAACUGAAGGCAGCUGUCUCAAGGCCUUGUCUCAGAAGUCAGUGCCUUAGAAAGCAGCAUUGUAAUGGACGCACCUGCAACCAAGAAGGCAGUGAUGCAUUACGCUGCUGCCAAGAUACGACACCGCACUGCUAGCUGUUCUUUCCUGUCUUUAAGAAGGUUAGGAUACGUCUGUGCUGCCUUCAAAAAGCGACCAAACUGAGGAACCUCAGGCAGCGUUUUACAUAAAUAUUCAAUUCAGACGUGAGUGGCUGCCUCACUGCCUCAGAAUGUUUCAGACACAGCCAAUAUCAGGCUGCAGCUGUAAAACAGUGGCGGUAAUGACUUACUCUUUGGCUCAUGCGUCGUCCAGAUUUCCAGUUUAAAUCGAGUGGUCCCAGCCCUGAACGGACAAACCAAACACUGCCUCUAGAGAGCGCCUUUCACAUAUUUACGUUGAAGAGGUGGCUUGGAUUUGGUGGCGCUGUAGCUCCGGUAGGAAGAUGUAGAAAGAAGAAUCAUCAGUGGUUGCUGUUGGUGCUAACAACCAUUUCGUGUUGUGAAGUUUGAGAACCUGAAUUUUGACAAAUGGAGGACGAAACUAAUUAUUUAGCACAGAGGGCCGGCGAAGUCAAAUCCUCGUGGUCAAAGAAGCAAAAACCUGACGGCUGCCAUGGGUUCUGCUGCACGCUUGGAAAGGGGGGGGUGAUGAAGCAAAGGAUCCAGCUGAUUGCAAUCUGCAACAUCACCACUAGAUGCCACUAAAUCUUUCACACUGUACCUUCAACCCAAGUGUAGCUAAUCGGUCAAGACGUUUGGUGUCUUGGCUUGUUUAGUUGUGGCGCUGGAGCUACAAGGCUGAUGUAGCUUACAAGUAAUUGAAGCCGUAAUUAUGUACAGAAAUGGACGAACGCAUGCAGCGUAUUUAUCUCGUAGUGUGUUAUCUCGUACAGUGUUAAUCCACAUAAGCAAGUGUUUGCAUGAUG